AUGCGACCAGAAGAGAUUGAGGGCAUAUUGAAGCAGUUAGAAAAUGGUGAAAUUUCGGAAGACGAUUCCACCGACAAUGAAGAUGACAUAGACUAUUAUUCGAGCCAAAGAGAUCGUCUGAUGGAGCUAGAAGAUGAAGAGGAUGUAGAUAUCAAAGUCACUCGAAAAAUAAAAGGGGAAGACCCAGUACCAACAGUCGACAAGACACUACAGUACCUUCGAAAAGACCCCGGACAGGUGUACAAGUACUACCCUCUACUGACGUGCGUUGCGAUUGUAUUGGUCAUGAAAAAAUAUUUAUGA